CCGAGCCGAGGAGUAACCGAAGCAGUCGCCAUAUUCUUGUUGCUGGUCCUCGGAGCAUCGUCGUUUGGAUUAGAACAAAAUUGAUUCGUAAUAAAUUCAUCAGAAAUCUUGUCUAUCUAAUCGCGAGGAAUAAAUUCGUGAAAGGAAGAUGAGUUAUGGUAGACCGCCGCCCCGCAUUGACGGGAUGGUCUCUCUGAAAGUCGACAAUCUUACGUACAGGACAACGCCGGAAGAUCUUAGGCGCGUGUUUGAGCGCUGUGGUGAAGUCGGCGAUAUUUACAUCCCUCGUGAUCGCUUCACGCGCGAAAGUCGCGGUUUCGCAUUUGUCAGAUUUUAUGAUAAGCGUGAUGCGGAAGAUGCAUUAGAUGCUAUGGAUGGAAGGCUGUUGGAUGGCAGGGAACUCCGAGUUCAAAUGGCACGUUAUGGACGUCCGACAUCUCCUCAUCGAAGUCGCGGAAGUCGUCGUCGUGGAAGGUCACGUAGUAGAAGUAGAGAUCGCAGACGUUCUCGAUCUCGAUCCCGCAGUAGAUCACGUAGCCGCGAUAGAGAUCGCAGGCGUUCCUAUAGUCGCAGUCGCAGUCGUUCUCGUUCUGAUAGUAAAAGCUCGCGCGGAAAAUCACGCUCACGUAGCAAGUCGCAGGACAGGCAAAAGGACAGUCGUUCCAAAUCUAGGGACUGAGCUUGUCCAAGAGCGUAUAAGAGGAAAACAAUGAAUGCGCGCGCAUCCAACGAGAGCCGAAUAAUCUGUGUUGAGAUUGCAAAAGGUAUUCUAUCACCUACUAUAGCAACACUCGCACGCUUCAUGUUCUUCUAUCAUUUAAAUACAUACAUGUUAUAUAUAUAUAUAUAUAUAUAUAUAUAUAUAUAUAUAUAUUUCAAUUAAUAUUACAUAUUUUCUUUUUUGUGGAGACGCGUUUAAUUUCUGCCCUAUAAUACGUGUAUUUUUUUCACAUGCUUUCCUUUUAUUCGCGUUAUGACGUUUUCGUUAUGCAACUAUCAUAAACUCACGUUUCUUGAAUAAUCAAUAAAUUAAUCAAUAAAUUCUGCUCAUAUAAGUGAUGAUUUAAUUUUUGAUUGUACUCUGUAAUUCAACAUCAUUUUAAUUGAUAAAUUUUAUGAUGUUAGAUUUAUGCGUUACGUUUGUCGUGAAACCUACAAAGUUACAUAUAGCGUUUAUUUUUCAUUGACAUUAAUAUUGCAAAAUGGAAAGCCUUUGAAGCCCCUAUUAUGAUUUAGUCUUCUAUUUUCUAAAUAUUCUCUAUCAUAUUUCAAAUAUUCUCUAGCAUAUAAUGUCUAGUAAAACUUUUAUACACUUUUAAACAAUGUUGACAAACAUUGCAAAUAAAGUUUAUUUGAAAACUCUUCAGACUUACCAUAACUAUCGUAUCUUAUAAACAAAUCUCAUUUUGAGUGAAAUUUGAAAUUUGGAAAGUGGUGAAUAAAAUUAUUACAUAGAUAUUAAUUAUGAGUCAAAUUAAUGAUGUUAUUUUAGAGAUACAUUAACUUAAUAUCGACUAAACCAUCGACUUGCCAUCUUGUCUUAUUGAAUAAUCAAUUAGUUUCGUAAUUAGUAUGAUAAUAUUCAGUAUAUAAUUUAUGAAAUUUGCUCUUUUACUUUCUUUUAUUGAUAAAAUAACAAUAUUAUUGAAAAUAAUGGAUAAGAACAUAAUCUCUAUAUAAUCAAAGAGACAGAUAAAUAAAACAAACUGCAUACAAUACUGCAUACAAUUAAACUUGAAUAUUGCAGUAAUUUAUAAAAACUAAAAAAAAUAUGCUUUAUAAUGUUUUCAUUGCUUAAGAAUGUUUUUGUCAACAAUGUCUUUAGGUGUGUAAUAUACUAAAUUCAAGGAAAAUAUUUUAACACUUGAAGAUCAAUUAAAAUUUUUAGGUUUAUUCUCAUGCACGACAAUAUAUUUUUAGAAGUAAGUUUUGCGUUGAUAGGCAAUCGUUCAUGUAAAUCCGCAUAUCGUAGAUUCAUUUGUAAUAAAGCGCAAUGGAUUGCAGAAAACAGAA